AUGGUUUCUCCAAAGUUAACUGAACAAGACAUUAAAGCAAUUGACUUUCUUCGGACAAAGACAAAAGAAUUAAUAAGUGUAGAAUAUGACACAGACUUCAAUUUGCUCCGAUGGGCACAGGGAUACAAUUAUAAUCUUGACGAAUCUCUACAUUAUCUAACAAUGCAUCUGAAAUUUCGACGAUUCUAUGAUUUGGAUCACAUUGGAAAACUUGAAGAUAAUAAGCUGAUGAAGCAGUACUUUCCCAUUGGUCUUGUAGGUGAAACCGGCAAAAAUAAUCACCUGUUGGUGGUUGAAAAUGCAGGUCGCAUUGAUUUACACGGUAUAUUGAAAACAUUUCAACUUCAUGCGUUCCUUACGCAGCGAUUAAAAUUCCAGGAAACGAUGCUAAAAGAAAUUAAUGCUAUUGAGCGCAAAACUGGAUCACAGUGCUCUGUGAUUUAUAUUUUGGAUUUAGAAGGAUUAAAACUGGAUCCUAAACUGUUAAACAUAGCAACAGGUAAGUAUUUCAAUAAAAUAUUUUUUCUUGGACCAUAUCAUAUUUUGUGGAAAAUGGUUUACACAAAUUAUCCUGAAUGGAUUGAUAAAUUGUUGGCGGUUAAUGCACCAACGUUUAUUUCUUUAAUUUGGCGGGCAAUAGCACCAUUAUUACCGGAAAGAACACGAAGUAAAGUGCGCAUAUUUUCAUCAAAAGAUGAUUAUAAUGCUGAACUGCAAAAACAUUGUGAAUUGGAUCAUGUACCGAAACAUUGGGGUGGUACUAUGCUCGACAAGAAUGGUGACCCAAUGUGCAGGUGA